UGUAUGAUAAUAACCUACAAAUAUAACCUACAAUUUUUUGGCUUUAUCUCAUUUUUAUUUUUUGUCAACUCUCUCUUGAAGUUUGAUUGUAUUUGUACAUAUAUCCCUAGUAAACAAUUGCAUGAGAUUCGUGAAGGUGCUAUGAAUUAUUAAGCUUUAAUAAUAACUUUGGAAAUAAAAGUCGUAUAAGAUAUUUUUUCUUAAAAUUCGUUUAUUCUAACUACGCAUACAUAUGUAUGUUCUAGGAGAAGUAAGCAUAUCCACUAUGUGAAAUAUUAAAAUAUUUGAAAAAUGUUGAAUUUGUACAACUUUAUAAUUAAACAAUAAUUUUAAUUGCAGAAUUAAAUAAUAUACAUUUUAAAGCUUUCAAAUUGUAUUUGUAUUGUUUGGUACGCAAACGUUUGUUAGUACUUCAGUAAUACUUGAUAAUUUAAGGUUAAGUGAAGUAUGUUUUAAUAAAUACAUUCAUAAUAUAUAAACAUUAAAUUAAAGACAAUGUCUCUAUACGACGAUUUUGACAAACACAGAACAUCGGAAAAAGUAGUUGGGUGGUCAUCUAGUAUCAAAUUAUUACAAUCUCAACUACAAUUAAAAAAGGCUGCCACUACACAGCCAAAACGCGAACAAUAUAGAAAAGCAACAGCAGUAUUAGCACCUGUGAUAGAUUUAAAGUCAAAAGCCAAUCGAAACACAGAAAGAGAAGAUGAUGGGCCACAUAAUAAUCCACUCUCUUCUGGUACUGUUAGCAGUAUUGGAGUAGGAGGUGAAUUUGAUUGGAAUGUAAUAAAUGAAUAUGAUCCUAUGUGGCCUAAUGAAUAUGACAAAGUUGUUAAGGAACUAAGAGAUUUACGUGAUAGAGAACACGAUCAAGAGACUGAAAUGCGCAAACGUAGACGAGACAGUUCACGUUUUGAAGAUACACAGGCUUCCUCUGGGAAUAGUACAAUGAUUCCCCCUGAAAGAGAUGAGGAAAGAACUCCUACAUCAAGAGGUAUUGCCGGGGGAGCAGCUAUAGCACCACCACCUUCCCUACAAGAAUCUUCUGAGCUUCCACCUCCAACACCAAGACCACCAACUAGUAUAGGUUAUGCUACAUCAUCGGUAGCAGCAAAAAUAAUGGCUAAAUAUGGUUUCAAAGAAGGACAAGGACUUGGUAAAAAGGAACAAGGAAUGUCAGUUGCUUUACAAGUAGAAAAAACUAGUAAACGAGGUGGAAGAAUUGUUGGAGAAAGAGAACAACUUAUGCCACCACCACCACCUGUUGCUGUUUCUCCACCUCCGACACAACAGCAAGUUGCACCUUUACAAUCUUCGGAAGAACCUAGCAUUACUGAAAUAAUGAAAUCUCCGAGUAAGGUUGUAUUAUUACGUAAUAUGGUUGGUCCUGGAGAAGUGGAUGAUGAUCUUGAACCUGAAGUUAAAGACGAAUGUAAUACGAAGUAUGGCGAUGUGGCGCGUGUUAUCAUUCAUGAAGUAACAGAAGCUGCUCCAGAAGAAGCUGUUAGAAUCUUCGUGGAAUUUAAAAGAAUAGAAAGUGCUAUUAAAGCUGUAGUUGAUUUAAAUGGACGCUUUUUUGGUGGAAGACAAGUUAAAGCAGGUUUUUAUUCCAGUGAAAAGCUUGAUAGUUUACAAUUAAUGGACUAACUUCUUAUUUUAAGAUUUUAUCUAAUAAAUACAAUUUAAAAAAUACAAUAACAUGAAAUUAAUAUACUGA